AUGCCCCCAGUUCCAGCGUCUUCCUAUGCCCACCAACAGCCUUCCAAUUGGGAGAAAUUCAAGAUGGGGCUGAUGAUGGGCACGACCGUCGGCAUCUGCACAGGAAUCCUGUUUGGGGGAUUCUCGAUCCUGACGCAGGGGCCAGGCCCCAACGGAGUGAUCAGAUCCUUGGGCCAGUACAUCGCGGUGUCAUCAGCCACAUUUGGGCUGUUUAUGAGUAUCGGGUCUGUGAUCCGGUCCGACUCGCAGUUGUUGCACCCUGCCUCCCAGCUGCAGCAGGAGGCCCGCAUGCAUGCAUGGAAACUGCGGGCACAAUACGGCCUUUACAGGCGUGAUUAG